ACGUUGCCUGCUCGCGUUGAGAACACACCUUCCAUUUGUUUCGUUGUCCUCCACCACCCCAUAUCAAGCACCGCCCUCCUGAAUCGCUGACGAACGAAGGAAGGAAAGAAGCCACAUACACACAAAAGCACGCGCACUCACUCUCGUACUCUUGCUUGAACGCCCACCAACAAUCCAUCAUGCCAAGUGAGCAAGCAAAGAAGCGCGCUGCCGCCAAGGCACGCCGCAAGGCCAACAAGCUCAAGGCAAAGGGUCUGUCUGCAGAGCAGGCGGAAGCCCAGGCCGCCAGCACCGUGCAGAAGGGCGUGGAAAAGAUGACGCUCAACCCACGCAACACGACCGGCUCGUACGCCUCGCACCCGCUGAGCCGCGACAUCAAGGUCAUCAACUUCAGUAUGACGUACCAUGGCCUCACUCUGUUUGAGGACACCACCCUCGAACUCAACUGGGGCCGUCGCUACGGUCUCCUGGGUCCCAACGGCUCUGGAAAAUCCCAGCUCCUCAACGCCAUCAGCGACCGGGACAUUGAGUUCCCGGACCACUUUGACAUCUUCCACCUCAAGUCCGAGAUUGAGCCAUCGGAUAAGACGGCGUUGGAAGCUGUGAUGGAUGUCGACGAGCAGCGCACGCGCUUGGAGGCAGAGGCCGAGUGGCUCAUUGAGAACGAGAUGGGCGACAGCGACCGCCUGGUCGACGUCUACGAGCGCCUCGACGAAAUUGACGCCGACAGAGCCAAGGCGCGUGCUGCCCGCAUUUUGCACGGUCUCGGCUUCGACCAGGCCAUGCAGAACAAGAAGACGCGCGACUUUAGCGGUGGCUGGCGCAUGCGCAUCUCCCUCGCCCGUGCCCUUCUCAUCCGCCCGGCCAUCUUGCUUCUUGACGAGCCAACGAACCAUCUCGAUUUGGAGGCGUGUGUGUGGCUGGAGGAAGAGCUGAAGCGCUACAAGGCCAUCCUUGUCAUGAUCUCCCACUCACAGGAUUUCCUGAACGGCGUGUGCACGAACAUCAUGGAGCUGAAGAACAAGCACCUGCGCUACUUCUCGGGUAACUACGACACGUACGUGAAGACAAAGGCGGAGCUUGAGGAGCACCAGAUGAAGCGCUACCAGCAAGAGCAGGAGCAGAUUGCAAGCAUGAAGGACUACAUUGCCCGCUUCGGUCACGGCCACGCCAAGCUUGCACGCCAGGCGCAGAGCAAAGAAAAAGUGCUGAAGAAGAUGCUUGACAGCGGUCUCACGGAGAAGGUCGUCAAGGACAAGGCCCUCGACUUCAAGUUCCCAGACUGCGGCAAGCUGCCGCCUCCUGUGCUGAUGGUUGAGGACGUGUCCUUCAAGUACCCCGGCACUGACAAGUACCUGUACAAGAACCUUGAGUUUGGGCUUGAUCUGGAUUCGCGCCUCGCCCUCGUCGGCCCCAACGGCGCCGGCAAAUCCACGCUCCUCAAGCUCCUCGUCGGGGAACUGACGCCGACGAGCGGGCAGAUUCGCCGCAAUGGCCACCUGCGGUUUGCGCGCUACCAUCAGCAUCUCGGCGACCAGCUCGACUUUGAGCUCAGCCCCAUCGAGUUUAUGCAAAAGGAGUUCCCUGAGCAGCUGCUUGAGGUUGAGGCCGCCCGCCGCUCCGUCGGAAGAUACGGUCUCACUGGCAAGCAGCAGGUGAUGCCCAUCAAGAACCUGAGCGACGGCCAGCGGUCACGGCUCAUCUUCGCCUGGCUGGCGUACACGUCCCCGCACAUGCUCAUUCUUGACGAGCCCACCAACCAUCUUGACAUGGAGACGAUUGAUGCCCUCGCCCGCGCCAUCAACAGCUUUGAGGGCGGCGUUGUGCUUGUGAGUCACGACUUCCGUCUCAUUGACCAGGUUGCAGACGAGAUUUGGAUCGCCGAGAACCAGACGGUGACCAAGUGGGACGGCGACAUCCAAGACUACAAGGAGCACCUGCGCAAGUCUAUCGAGAAGGACUUGGAGGACGAGUAAACCCCAACUACCCUCCCCUCUCCUCCCCUCUCCUUCCCUCCCAUUGCUCUUUGUUCAGUUUUUGUUGUGGGCGGCGUCACCCAUGUUGUGUCGUGGAAAUGCGUCUCGUUCCAUGUGUUCUUUCCUACUUGUUGCUCCUCUGGAUGGCUUAUCCUCCGACCUACUACUUUGAGUCAGGCUCAUGCGUGUGUAUGCGGUGUGUUCGUGAUGUUGGUGCAGUGCUUGUGACGUGAUGUGGUGGUGUGCGUACCGAGGCACUGUGCCUUCCUCGCCUUCCUUUCCAUCUCGUUCGUGCCCCCAUUCCCUUGUGGCCCGUCCCACAGAAUAAUCAAUCAUUUUUCGUUUCCAUUGUUUUGUUCAAUCAACAAAGUCGCCAUCAAACCUAUCAAACACCGACA